UCUCAGUUUAAUAACAGUACUUUCACUUUACGCAGAUUUUGAGCAGUCCGUUGCUUUCCAGCCGAAACUACAACAAAAACGCAACAUAAACUUUAACUUUUAAGCCGUGUUUCAGAGAUUGUGAAGGGUGAGGGUAUAACUGCGCCGGCUCAACCUUGCUGCUUAAACAUUAAACAAGAUAACGAACCGAAAACAACACGUUUAGCUAACUCUGGAGCAACAAUGUUCUGACAUCUAGAGCUAAUUAUCAUCUGCCGACAGGCUACCACUGUUGCCCAGUGGCUCCAGAAGACCCUCACUCUAUGGAGCGGACUGCACUCAGACAGAGCCAGCUCUGUGGCUCCUGGGAGAUGAAGGAGAGACUUGGGAUGGGAGGCUUUGGACACGUCUACCUGUACCAGCACCUUGAGCUGGGAGAGAAGAUCGCUGUGAAACUUUGUCGCCUUGAGCUAAACUCCAAGAACAAAGACCGCUGGAGCAGAGAGAUCCAGAUCAUGAAGAAGCUCAAUCAUGUGAACGUCGUUCAGGCCAGAGAAGUACCAGAGGAGUUGAGCUCCAUUGCUUUAAAUGACCUGCCUCUGUUGGCCAUGGAGUACUGCUCAAAAGGAGACCUACGCAAGGUGUUGAAUAAACCAGAAAACUGCUGUGGACUAAAAGAGAGUGAAGUCCUGUCAUUGCUUAGUGACAUUGGUGCAGGUGUUCAGUAUCUCCAUGAGAACAAGAUCAUCCACAGAGACCUAAAGCCAGAGAACAUAGUUCUGCAGGAAAUUGAUGGGAAGCUUGUCCAUAAAAUCAUAGACCUGGGUUAUGCAAAAGACCUAGAUCAGGGCAGCCUCUGUACAUCCUUUGUUGGAACUCUCCAGUAUCUGGCUCCAGAGUUGUUUGAGAGUAAACCCUACACUGUAACUGUGGACUACUGGAGCUUUGGGACAGUGAUCUUUGAAUGCACUUGUGGAUUUCGCCCCUUUUUACACCACAUGCAGCCUGUACAGUGGACAAGUAAGGUCAAGAACAAAGGUCCCAAGGACAUCAUGGCAGUAGAGGACAUGAAUGGAGAGGUCCGAUUCUCCACGCAUCUCCCAUAUCCCAACAAUCUCAGCAGGCCACUGCUGGAGCCAGUUGAAUCACUUCUACAGAUGUUGUUAUUGUGGGACCCUGCAAUGCGCGGGGGAGGGCUGGAUCCUGACAGUAACAAGCCAUACUGCUACACCAUUCUACAGAAUAUUCUCAACAUGAAGGUGAUUCAUGUGUUGGACAUGACGUCAGCCCAGCUGCAUUCCUUGGUUUUGGGACCUGAGGAGAGCUUACACUCCCUGCAGCUUCGUCUCGAGACACACACUCAGACACACAUCUCCCCUCUGAGUCAAGAGCUGUUACUGGAGACGGGAAUCUCCCUCGACCCACGCAGACCGCCCGCACACUGUCUGCCAGAUGGAUUGCGAGGCUGGGACAGCUCCAUAGUCUUCCUAUUCGACAAGAGCCUGACCAAGUACACCGGACCACUGACUGCCAGACCUCUGCCGGACAGUGUCAACUUCAUUGUCAGGGAGACCAAGACACAACUCCCACUAUCUGCACUGAGAAAGGUGUGGGGAGAAGCAGUCAGCUACAUCUGCGGACUGAAAGAGGACUACAUUCGCCUGUACCAGGGACAGAAGGCUGCCAUGCUGAGUCUACUGCGCUACAACACCAACCUAACGCGGUACAAGAACCUGCUCUUCUCCCAGUCACAGCAGCUCAGAGCCAAACUGGCUUUCUUUAAGACCAGUAUCCAGCACGACCUUGAGCAAUACGCCAAGCAGAGGCACACUGGCAUCUCUUCAGAAAAAAUGUUGAAGACAUGGCAGGAAAAUGAAGAGAAGGCUGAUGGGUUUACAAAGGUUGCAGAUGUGGGGUAUCUGGAUGAAGAAAUAGUGGCUCUACAUUCUGAGAUUGUGGAGUUGCAGAGGAGUCCAUUUGCGAGGAGACAAGGGGAUGUAAUGGAACAGCUUGAGGAAAAGGCUAUUGAACUGUACAAGCAGCUGAAGGCAAAAUGCAAAAGUCCUGACCCUCCCCAUGGCUACAGUGACAGCUCAGACAUGGUGAAGACCAUACUCCAAACAGUUCAGAACCAGGACAGAGUGCUCAAAGACUUGUACACUCACAUGAGCACAAUUCUGGUGUGUAAGCAGCGCAUUGUUGACUUGUUCCCUAAGUUGGAGAGGGCGGUGGAGAACAUAAAAACUGCAGAGGCAGCAGUGAUGCAGAUGCAAAUGAAGCGACAGAAAGAGUUCUGGUAUCUCCUCAAGAUUGCCUGUGCCCAGAGCAAUUCUCAAUCACAGCCACUUAUGCAACAGUCGACUGACAGUGAAACUGUUCAUCAGUUACUGGAUGAGAAUCAGCGUUAUCUAAGUCAGCUAACUUCUCUGCUAGAAGAUGCCACCAAGGAGAUGGAGCACAGUGUCAUGGAUCAGGACUGGAGCUGGACUCAGUACAGAGCAGUGAAAGCCCAACCUCAGAAGCUCUAGAAACUGACAAAAGACGGUGUUACGAAUAAAAAAGAAAAUACUGUAAACAGUUGUGUUAUCAGAGUUACACUAUCUAAACGUUUGAUUCCAUAUUGUGUCAUUUACAUAUAUGUAAUGAUGUGAGACAGGAAUGUGUAAAGCAGUGCAAUGCGGUAAGCUAUUCAUGUUUUAACUUAAAUUUAUAUUAUUGAAUUUUAAAAACUGUAUGGAGCUGUCACCAAAACAUAUUUAUUUUACUGGUAGUAUUGGUUAGAGGAAAACACUGCUGCUAACAAAUUAUGAAUAAUGAAAUGUGAGUAAAUUUCUGAAAUGUCUGGCACAUAUACCAUGUUUUGUCUUUCUUCAAGAAGUUAAAAUGGAUUUUCAUAAAGGUUUUACAGUGUUAAACUGUUGAAGAAAGUAAGUGGGCCGCAGUGGACCAGACAAAGGUCUGUGCACAUUCAGGAAAUUGCUUGUUUAUAAGACCCUGGGUUCAAAAUUCUCUUGGGAGCUGCUGAAAUCCAAACAGCAAGGAUGCAGUACAGAGAAACAUACGUAAAUUAAUAUGAAAAAUAAAAAAUAGGCUCAAAAACACUGUCUUAGAAAGAAUGAAGGAGGCUUAAAGGCAGUAAAUGAAGGAACUCUCACUCACUUUGUGAGUUCAGUAGUAACUUAUGGUUGUUUAAAUUAUUCAUUAAAGCAAUACUUAUCGUCAUAUGUGGAACAUUUCUUUGUCUCUAUGAAAAAUUAGCAUAGUAUGCGAGUGUCAGUCAGCCUGAAAGUAAAAAUGUACAAAGUAUUUAUUUAAUAGCUCACUAUAUAUUUUGUUGUAAGCCGAUAGUUCUGUUACUCAUUGCAUUGAGCUUUCUUUCUACUGUCUCACAUAGAUUCUUAAAAGGUCUAAUAUAAACUGUUUUUAGCACUACUUGCAUUACCACAUUUGAACUGAAUAUGUUAGAUAAUAGAUAACAUACUGUUUACUAUAAACCUAACCUUAACAUGUGCCAUUAAAUAUUUCUGUAACAUUUACUGUAAUUUAUUUGUAUUUGAUUUUUCAAUAAAAAAAUACAAA